AUGGACCGGGCCGGCGUGGGGAAGGCGACGGCGGCGACGGCUGUGUGCGUGACGGGCGCGGGAGGCUUCAUCGCCUCGUGGCUCGUCCGGCGCCUCCUCGCCGGAGGAGACUACGCGGUGCAUGGCACCGUUCGUGAUCCCAAUGCGGAUAUGACCGUACGUGAAGGCGACCCCAAGAACGAUCACCUGAGGACGCUGGAUGGCGGCGGCGAGCGGCUGCGGCUGUUCAAGGCCGACGUGCUGGACUACUCGAGCGUGGCGUCCGCGGUGGCCGGCUGUGCCGGCGUCUUCCACGUCGCAAGCCCCUGCCCCGCCGCCAAAUCCACGAACCCCGAGGUGGAGCUGCUUGCCCCGGCGGUGACCGGCACGCUGAACGUGCUCCGGGCCUGCCGCGAGGCCGGCGUCCGCCGCGUCGUGGUGGUGUCGUCGGUCGGCGCCGUGUUCAUCAACCCCAACCCUCCCGAGGGCCCCACCAUGGACGAACACUGCUGGUCGGAUGAGGACUACUGCAGAUCCACCGAGAACUGGUACUGCCUCUCCAAGACGCUGGCCGAGCGGGAGGCCUGGGCUUACGCAGAGGAGACCGGGCUAGACGUGGUGACCGUGUGCCCGCCGCUGGUGUUCGGCCCUCUGCUGCAGCCCACGGUGAACACCAGCAGCUUGUUCCUCAUCAGAUACCUCAAACGCGACGGCGUGGACGCCAUGGACGACAGGGUGAGGAACAUGGUGGACGUCAGGGACGUCGCCGACGCCCUUGUGCUGGCGUACGAGCGUCCGGAGGCGGCCGGCCGGUACAUCUGCAGCGCGCACGCCAGGAAGGUGUCCGAAAUGGUUUCCGUCGUCAGGAGCCUGCAUCCGGACCUGAACUGCCAAAACAAGUUCGUUCAGCUGGUGGGAGAUGAGAAGGUGUUCAGCUCCGAGAAGCUGCAGAAGCUGGGGUGGAAGUUCAGGACGAUGGAGGAAACGCUCAACGACAGCGUCGAGUCCUACAUGUCUGCACGCAUACUGAGCUGA